AUGCGCGGUCGCAUCAUUGUCGCCCUCGCCCUCGCCGGCAGCUCGGUCUCGGCAGCCCCCUCGGCCGCCCCCGGCGACAGCUGCGAAAAGGGCCUGCGCAUCUUGGUCGCCCGUGGCACCGGUGAAGACAAGGGCACCGGCCUCGCGGGCACCGUCGCCGACAGCGUCGCCAGCCAGAUCCGGGGCUCGACCGUUGUUCCGAUCGACUAUCCGGCCACCCUGGUCGAUCCAUCCUACGACGAGUCGUUGAAGGCCGGUGCCGAGGCCCUGCAAAAGGCCGUCAACGAGCACGUCAAGGCCUGUCCCGACAGCAAGAUUGUCAUCAUGGGCUACUCGCAGGGUGCUCACAUCACCGUCGACUCCAUCUGCGGCGGCUCAGGAGAGCCCUUGAACAACAUAACCGCUCUCCCUCAGAAGCUCGUCGAGGAUCACGUCGUCGCCGUCGUCCUCUUUGGCGACCCAACCCACAUCGCCAACGUCACCUACGACAAGGGAACUAGCACCAACAACGGCAUUUUCCCACGCGUCCGAGCAAGUGUUGAGCAGUGCAACGUCUAUGCCGACCGCCUCGUCUCCUACUGCGACAAGGGUGACAGGUACUGUGACCAUGGCGAUGUCAAAGAGGUCCACAGCGAAUAUUUUGAAAAGUACGACAAGGAGAUUGUCAAGUUUGUCGUCCAAAAGUACGACAGCUUCGCGAAGGCGUCAGCCACCUCGACGGCGACGGCAACGGCCGCCACCAGCUCCGCCACCAUCAGCCCCGCCACCAGCUCCGCCACCCACACCAACGCGACCACGGUCACGGGUGCCAGUGCCACGCCCACCAAGCCGGUCGCAGGUGCUGCGGCGGGACUUACCCUUGGUCACGCCCUUUACCUGGCUCUGCCGAUGAUGAUGAUGGCUUCCUUCCAAAUCUUGUAA